AUCAACCACGAUUAGUAAGCUCACAAAUUAUAAAGAGAACUAGAGAAACGGAGAAAAGAAAUUGGAAGCAAAGCAAAGCUCAUGGAAUGAAGACAUAACACAGGAAUUAAAACCCAGCAUAACACAGAACGCAAAGUCUUUGACCAGGACGAGUACAAACAAGGGUGGUGUGAACUCCUAAAGAUGGCUGGAAUCAAGACAUCCAGCGGAGAUUACAUAGACAACUCCUGGGAGUUGAGGAUCUACGUGGAGGAGAUGGGAGAAGAAGCGGAACCGGUAGUACUUAGGGUGACGGGUGAACUUCACAUUGGGGGAGUCAUGUUAAAGGUGGUGGAGAAAAUCGGGAGGACACACAACUGGUCUGAUCACGCUUUGUGGUGGGAACAAAAGCGCCAAUGGCUACUGAAGACCAAUUGGGCUCUGGACAAAUAUGGGGUUCUUGCAGAUGCCAUUCUCCAUUUCACCCCCCAACACAAGCCUGUCAUCCUUUCUCUACCCAACCAGCGCUCCCUGAGGAUACGGGUCUCCUUCUCCAGCACCACGUUCAGUGCAUGUGCAGAGGUCUGCAAAGUGCUAGGUAUCAGAAACCCAGAAGAACUUUCGUUUCUCAGGGCACCUGAGGAACGAGGGAAAAAGAAGAAAAAGGACAAAGAUACUGUGACUCAGGAGAUAUUUGAUCUAACCUACCUGCAGCCAGUCACUGACUCAGCUACCCAGAUGAUACAAGGAGGCGUUCCAUCUCAUUUUACAAGUCCGGAGGCGCAGGAGAGUUACCGAGCUCUGUCUGUCAGUCAGACGGGAAUCACCCCUGAAGAUAUACAGAAACGAUAUAAGCCUAUCACAGUGACCGAUAAGACAUUAGUACAUGGCAGGUGGUUAAACUCUUCCAAAUGUUUGCUGCAACAGGGCAUUCAGGAGGGAGACAGACUGUGGCUGCAGUUCAAGUAUUACACUUUUUAUGAUGUGGAUCCAAAGUUUGAUACUGUGCGCAUUAAUCUGCUGUUUGAACAAGCGCGCUGGGCAGUGCUACUGGAAGAGACAGAGUGUACAGAGGAAGAAAUGAUGAGAUUUGCAGCUCUGCAGUACCAUGUAAACAAAUUAUCAGUAACCUGUGACCCCAUGAGUCUGCCCCAAGACCCUGCUCUACAGGACCUGGAUGAGGCUCUUUCACAUCUGGAGGUGAAAUUAGAGGCAUCAACACCAAGUGAAGCCCUGGAUGGUAUCCAAAUGGAGCCAGAUCUGCAGGAUAAUUUGCGAGUUUUCAGGCCACGGAAAAUGACCCUGAAGGGCUAUAAACCUAACUGGGUUCUGCUAAAAAGCACUAAUUUAUCCUGUUACAAAAGCAAAGAAGAGGCCAGAGGAGAACCAUUGAUCAUGCUGGGCCUAAAGGGGUGUGAUGUUGUACCGGAGGUUAAUAUCGCCUCUCAAAAGUUCUGUAUCAAACUUGUAGUUCCAUCACCAGAAGGAAUGAAUGAAGUUUAUCUGCGCUGUGACAACGAGCAGCAGUAUGCCCGAUGGAUGGCUGGGUGUCGCUUGGCAGCAAAAGGACGUACAUUGGGUGAUCCAUCAUAUGAUGAUGAAGUCAAGAGUAUUUUGUCUUUUCUCAGCAUUCAGAAAUCCAGUAACCAAACUUCAAACUCCUUAGCCACAGACUCUACAAACAUGCAUGCCCUAGUUUCUCCUCGUUACCAGAAAAAGCUCAAACCAAAGCAGUUAACCCCUAGAAUUUUAGAGGCCUAUCAAAACAUUGCCCAGCUAUCGCUUGUAGAUGCCAAACUACGCUUCAUUCAGGCCUGGCAAUCACUCCCAGAUUUUGGGCUUUCGUACUUUGUUGUAAGAUUUAAAGGAGCCAGAAAGGAUGAGAUAUUGGGAAUUGCCAGCAACCGUCUGAUACGCAUAGAUCUGAGCGUUGGGGAUGUUGUAAAAACCUGGAUGUACAGCAAUAUGAAACAGUGGAACGUCAACUGGGACAUCAGACAGGUUUCCAUAGAAUUCACAGAGAAUAUUAAUGUUGCAUUCACGUGUGUCUCAGCUCCAUGCAAAGUUGUUCAUGAGUACAUUGGAGGCUACAUUUUCAUGUCCACACGUGGUAAAGAUGGUGGAAGCAAGGGACUGAAUGAAGAGCUUUUCCACAAGCUAACAGGUGGCCACGAGGCUCUUUAAAUAUCACCACGACUACAUCUAUUCAUCGUCAUGCCUCAGAAAUGGAUCAUUUUUAGCGGACUCAAUAAGCCUAUGAUAUCCUUAUUGGUCUAUGUAAAUGUCAGGUGGACAAUAAACAUCUACAGACUGUUUCUUUCCAUGUCUACUUUGCACGAUCAUCCAUUUAUCAUCACCUCAAGUCUAAAGUCUCAAAUCAGCCUUCACGGUCAUGGGAGGAUUAUACAUACAUGAGAUCGUGCCUACUACAGUUUAGAUCCACAUACACUCCAACCUGACAGAUUUGU